AAAAAUUUUUAAAGUUCAGGGACGAAAAAGAAAGGAAAUUAGGAUAAGGAUCAGCUGAUAUUUUUUCAUUCCUUUUCUUCCCAGCCAUACACGUUUCUGCUCUGUCUUCUUCCCGACUCUUCUUCCCCGAUAAGCCCCCCAAGCCACCGACUUUCUUCCCCCUUGAAAAACCCGGUGAGAUCUUGAUGAAUUUCUCUUCCUUUCUUGUUAAAUCACAAGAUUUGGGGCUUAGAAUCUUCCCUCUCAACCCAGAAAAUCCCGGUUCUGCUCUGCUCUUCUUCCUUGUCCGCCGGCUGCUGUGGGUUUGAAUUUCUGGGCAUUUUUCGGGUAAGCCACAGCCAAGAAAUCAUCUCUUUAACCUUGAUUUAGGCUGGGUUAUGCUAAUUUCUGUUUAUUUCCCUAAAUUUUUGGGUAGUCCGUGAGUUCCCUGCAGCUUGCCGCCGGCUUCUUCUUCUCCCUGCCAAGUCCGGUUCUUGCUGGAAAAUUCUGGUAUGAUGGCCACUUCUUUAAGCCCUAAAUUAGCCAUUUAAUUGCUGCCUUGUGUGUGUCCGAAUUGUGCCAGAAAUGGGGAGGAAUUCCGCUGCUGUGAUGUUUUGGGUGAAAAUCCCGUGUGUGUGAGUUGUGGUUUGCCAAAGCCAUGCUCUCCUGCCCGUGAGAAAUGGGGAAUUUUGGUAGAUUAAGCUAUGUUUUUAAGCUUAGUUUAAGUGUAAUUAGCUUGAAUUGGGUUGUUGUGACAUAAGAAUAAAUUUGGAGAGGUCCGGUUAUGUGGAGAUUGAUAGGAAUAAUAUCGUGAUUAGGGAUUAGUCAUGAUGAUUUCAAAUUGAAUUUGUGAUAGUCCGGUAUUAAUUCUGAGGUGUUUUGAUUAGGUUCCCGAUCGUUCUGCCAGUUAGCACCGUGAAUUGGGCCUUUGGUUUUAAGCAAGUGAGGUAAGUAAAUUUAUGGUAAUGCCCACACUGUUUUUAAAAGAUGUUUUGACUUGUUUUUGAAGUGGUGGCGGGACUAAACCCGUCUUAUGCAAAAGUAAGUAUGACUGAUUUGAACUGAAAAUUUUUAUGAUUUUAUGGCUUUGAGCAUGCCUACUUGAAGUUCAUGUGAUUGUCCUGAUGAUUUGAAAGUUAAUUGUAAAGACUGAUUCUCUGUUAAAUUCAGCCUGUUUUGUCUCCGAUACGGUCAUGUUAUCCUGUUGCCCGCUAGUGGGAGGUCAAACGCUAGCACAUGUCGACAUGUUCCUGAUAGAACCGGUUCAUUCCUGUAAUCCUGCUAGUGGGAGUUAAACACUAGCAAUUCCUGUUGCCUGCCAGUGGGAGGUUUAAACACUGGCCAUGACCUAUAGAGGAGACGUCUAUUUCGUUCCCGUACUUGUAUCUGUUUCUGAUUGCACUUGUUGGCAUGCUAUAAGUUUAAUUGACUACUACUGAACUUUAUUCUGCAAAAUGGUUAUCAUUGAGCAUUCCGUUUAUGUUAAACUGUUUAUCUGAAAUGCUCAAAUCUUACCCACGGGCUAUCCAUACAUUUACUUAUUGAGAUAUUUUAUCUCAUGAUUUUCCCUUGUCCACCAUUUCAGGUAGUAUGACUCGAGACACGGAAACCACGGGAAGUGACGAGUUAGAAGGCUAGCCAUUUCGAGAUUGAUAUAAUUUUAGAAAUAAAUCAUGUUUUUGUAAGAUAGAUUUUACCUUGUGACUUUAAGUUUAAGUCAUGUUGGACAUAGAUUUAUGGAAUAGAGUUUUGGAUUUGAAUAAGUUCCGAGCCUUGUGCGUUUGUGGGACCCGUCUCACGAGUGCACGGCGUCUGUCGCGCCUCGGAUUUGGGUUCUGGGGCGUGACA